AUGACCGCCCGGAAAAAUCAUGAUCUUGGUAUAUUUGCUGCUACUCAACGUACUGAAGGUGUUUCGACAUCUGAUAUAAUAUGUCGUAUUGUUCGUGAUUAUGAUACGUAUGUACGACGAAAUUUAGCUCGUGGUUAUUCAUCUCAAGAUUUAAAUGUUAGUUUUAUUAAAAAAAAUCAACUUGAAUUUCAAUCACGAAUUAAUACAGUUAAAUUAAAACUUCAUACAUAUAAAGAAGAAUCAAAAACAUUUAUGGAACGUUGGGAAGAUCGAAGUAAAGAAUAUAUACAUGAUUUUAUUGGUUUAUUUGAACAUGCAACUGUUUUAAAUUUACUUAAUCGAACACGAUCCGGAGUUGUACAUUCUAAUACUCCUAAUAAACAAAGUAAUACAGAAAAUAAUGAUAUCAUUACAUUAGAAGAUAAUAAUUUUAAUGAACAGAAAUCGAAACAAUAA